ACAAUUUGUUUUUCAUAAUCACACUUGGCGUUGACAUGUUUUCCUUUAGGGACAGCAAAUUGUGUGUUCUGAUCUCAGGGCCCUCGCACUGGCUGUGCCCUCUUCUCGUCCUUCCCUGCACCUCUGGCGAAAUGGCCCUCUGUCCCCUGAUCAGCUUAGUUCCUUCAUCCAUCACAGCUCCCUGAAGGCAGACCGUGGAGCUGUCCUCAGCCACUCGUUCUCCCCACACUCGGCCAUCAGCACCCACAUUGCUCACCUGGACUAGUGCGGCCACCACGCCCCUCUUCUCAUUGCAGCCAGAGGAGGAUCACGAGACACGGACACGUCCUGUCCCUCCUCUGCCAAGGACCCUCCAUGGCUCCCGCUCCCGGAUGUCACGAUCGGGCCGUCCUGCUCUACGAGUACGUGGGCAAGCGGACCGUGGACCUGCAGCACACCGAGGUCCCCGACGCCUACCGCGGGCGCGGCAUCGCCAAGCACCUCGCCAAGGCUGCCCUGGACUUCGUGGUGGAGGAGGACCUGAAGGCCCACCUCACGUGCUGGUACAUCCAGAAGUACGUCAAGGAGAACCCGCUGCCGCAGUACCUGGAGCGCCUGCAGCCGUGACCCUGGCUGGGGGCAGGCACGCCCUGCCAGACCUCUCCUCGCCCUGGCCCUGCCUCCGUGUGCUCUCAGGAAACCUGGAUCCCAUGGCGGUGGGCCACUCAGCUGUUUUGUAAGGACGCUCAUCUGGGCCCCGGAGGCGGCUGGCCGAGGAUGGGCAGGUCCGGUGACUGGCAAGGGGAGGCCAGGCAGCCGCAUCCCGGCAGCUCCUGCCUGCAGAUCUGGCGGCUUCUCCGAAGACCAUACGGCCUGUUGUGGGCAGGCCUGUGAGGGCCCGUAGGCAGGACUGGGACACGGACGGGCAUCCCUGUGGCCCGCUGUGCCCCCUUGUGUUCCUUGCUCUGUGAUUGGCAAGUGCUGUCCUGGCACCCCCUCACCACCCCUGCCAUUUGGUCCUAUUUGCAGAGGGGGUGUUCCCAGUGUUGAGAGGAGCAAUAGAAACUAUGUGCCAACUUCCGAGGGCACAGCGCCA